AUGGCGAAAGAGGUUGCAAUUGAUGCCCCAAAGGCGUCUGAGGAUGCCUCAAAACCUCGUGAUCCGCCGGCUGAGAAGCCGUCGCACGUUAUGCGCAGAAUGUACAUUGUUCUGUCCUACUGGGCAAUCAUUCUGCUGCUUGGCGUCCCUAUUUGGUGGAAGACGACGGCCAUUUCGCGUGCCAAUUUGCCGCUAGACGAUAUGCUGCAGUGGUCGGAAGGAAAGGCUUGUCGACCAGUGUUCCCCCUACAAGUCUCCGUCCGCGCCGACUCGCUCCCCGAACAGGAUGCGCAAAACCUUGUGCGCUUGACACAGCAUGCUCUUGAUGAUUUGAACGAAUUCUCAGGCCACCACCUCCGCCUACAACUCGCCAAGCAGGACCAGCAAGCGGAUGAGCCGGCCCUGACCAUCAACCUUACUCCAGGCAAGGACACGACAGCCUCGCUCGACCAACACUCGCCCGUCCUCGAUAUUACAUAUCCGCCAAACUCGAUCGCUGCGCGAAACUCAGCAGCAUCGCCGCUGGCGUCUUUUAUUACCGACGAGCUCCGAUCGAUCUUUGCCGAGGAACAGUCCAUCAUAUCAUACCUUCUCUCCACAUCGUCCAUGUCGGGUGGUAUCCAGAACAAGAACCUCAGCCCCGAAGCCUCGCAGGCUCUUGACAAGCGCACCUCGCGCACUCUACGCUAUGCGCCAACUUUCCAUCUCACAUUUUCCUUAUUUACGGACGGUUCGACACCCAACACCUGGGAUAUUGAAUCGGCACUUGACGAAUACCUUCGACCUAUGCUUGAUGUGCUGCGCCCCUUGCAUAACUUUACAAUCGACACACAGCUCCAGCUAUACGCUACACCAGGCGUUCAGGCCGAGACCCUUAGCAAGGACGACUUAGCUUCCUUUAUCAAUGCGGCGGAGUGGCCUUUAUCGCCGUCGAUUGAGGGCGCCCCCACCAUCAACUUUGUCAUCUACGUCGGCAACCAAAAGAUUAGCUUGGACGCCGAAUCCGAGACGUCACAGUCUUGGAUGAUCCCUCAAUGGGGCACUGUGUAUCUGCUACCGCUGCCCAAAUCUGACAGCCACGUAUCUUCAGCAACGUUGAAGCAGCCGAUGCUCACCUUUGGCGGCCAUCUCUUGCAGCUGCUGGGUACCCCCAAGACGGGCUCUCUCCCGUUGCGUCUGUCGGCUCUUGCACGCAUCCGCUCUGCAAACCUGCUGCUUCGCGCUUCCGAGUCCCUGGGCUCCCUUGCCAGAUUGACACUAGCGCUGCCUUCUAUCGCCAUUCCUAACCGAGUCGCCGAGGGAGUGUCUACUACCAUGCAUCAUCUCGAGCAGGCAUGCUCCAACCUCGGUGGUAAGAGCGGCCUCAUGCACGCGCGUAUUGCCGCGGAAGAAGUGGAGCGAGCCUUUUUCGAAAAGAGUAUGGUUGGCCAGUUGUAUUUCCCCGACGAGCACAAGAUCGCCGUCUAUCUGCCGCUUCUUGGGCCUGCAUCGCUGCCGCUCAUCAUGGGGCUCAUCGCCGAGAUUAAGCGAUGGAUUGCGCGCCGGAAGCAGAAAAAGGAGGACGGCAAGGAGAAGAAGUCGCAAUGA